UCUCCUUUGAUCCCGUUUGCGUUUCUUCUUCGCCGGAGCAAAAAAACCUGUCUCUGUCAGCUGAUCGAUAACAAUCGUAUCAGCACCGUCGAUCUGAAUUUCUCUGUUGCGAGGGAUGUCGAGAUUCAGAGACAGAACAGAGGAUUUCAAGGACUCUGUUCGCAAAUCCGCCGUCUCUAACGGCUACAACGAGGCUAAAGUGGCAGCGACAAUGGCGUCUUUCAUCAUACAUAAGCCAAAGGAGAGGUCUCCUUUCACCAGGGCUGCUCUCAAAACGCUGGAAAGCAUCAAGGAGUUGGAUCAGUUUAUGAUGAAGCAUCGUAAGGACUACGUUGAUAUGCACAGGACUACUGAACAUGAAAAGGAUAGCAUUGAACAAGAAAUCACUGCUUUUAUUAAAGCCUGCAAAGAACAGAUCGAUGUUCUCAAAAACAGCAUUAGAAAUGAAGAAUCAAACUCCAAAGGAUGGCUUGGCCUCGCAGCUGAUAACUUCAAUGCUGAUACUAUUGCACACAAACAUGGAGUGGUUUUGAUUCUGAGCGAGAAACUUCAUUCAGUCACUGCACAGUUUGACCAGCUUAGAGCGACUCGUUUCCAAGAUAUUAUUAACAGAGCUAUGCCUAGAAGAAAACCUAAGAGGGUCACGAAGGAAGCUACUCCACUUAAUGCAACUCUAUCAAAUAAUAAGUCCGUAGAACCUGAUGAAAUUCAGGAGGCCCAGCCUCGUAGAUUACAACAACAACAGCUUCUAGACGAUGAAACACAAGCCCUUCAGGUAGAGCUGAGUAAUCUUUUAGAUGGUGCUAGACAGACGGAGACUAAGAUGGUGGAGAUGUCUGCAUUGAACCACUUGAUGGCAACUCAUGUUCUGCAACAAGCCCAACAAAUUGAAGUUUUAUAUGACCAGGCUGUUGAGGCAACGAAGAACGUGGAGCUUGGAAACAAAGAGCUUUCUCAAGCAAUCCAACGUAACAGCAGCAGCAGAACCUUUCUCUUGCUGUUUUUCUUCGUCCUUACAUUCUCCGUCUUGUUCUUAGAUUGGUACAGUUAGAGACACCGUUCAAACUCCAAACAACCUCAUUGUGUAGUUUUUCUUUAAUUGUUAAACGCAUAAAUUGUGAAAAUUUGGGAAGGUGUUUGAUGUUACAAGAAAAAAAAGUAUGAAACUUUGAAAGAGAUUUUGUUUGGAA